AUGUCACUGUAUUGUUAUCUCUCUGUGAUUACAUGGGCUCUCAGCCUGAUCGCUACAUCUGCGUCUCCUGCCUCAGACGUUACAUUCAGCAGCUACAAUGAUGCUGGCCUGACAGAGGUCGAGACGCUGCGGAUUCUUCGCCGCGCCCUAUCUUCGUCUGGGUCCGAAGAGACGGUGAGCCUCUUCGACGAGACUCUCGAUAAGAGCUGGGAUGAAGCAGUGCUAUUUGCCAUCACGAUGGACGCGGACGCGGACGUGUCGACGGGCACCGGUAUCAAUGGCUCUGUCGAAACGCAAUACGGGGUCCAGAUCGUUUGUUCGACCUGCUACAUCGCCGGCAGGGUCAGCGGACAGCUCACCCGCAACGCCGACUUCAACAUCACGGAGCUCGAGGACGGUGCCCUCGACCUGGUCAAGAACAUCACCGAGGAAGCCGGACAGGCCCUGGCGGAUCUCGCCGACGGCAACGCCAACUACACCGAGAUAGAUUUCAACGUCGCGCUCCCUAGCUUCCCGGACUUCGAUUACCGUCUGCAGUUCCGCUUCGACGACCUGGAGCUCUACAUGCAGCUCGACACCGUCCUCUCGGUUGAAUCCACCUACACCAUCAACCUCUACACGUCAAAGACCCCCGCGGGUGUCAGCCUGGGCGAUCACUUGGCGAUCGGUGCGUUCUUCACCGUGGACCUGAUCCUGACGGCGGCCGCCGAGGUGGAUAUCAGCAGCGGACUGCACCUCAAGGUCGACGGAGUUGGCAUUAAUCUGCAGAUGUUCAACCAAAGCGUGGACAGCAUAACGCUCGAUGGCGGCAUGUUUGAGUUCCUCCCGGUCCACGUCGAGGGUGCCGGCUUUGUGCUCACCGGCGCGCUGCGCGUGGGUCUCCACGCCGGCAUCACCUUCGACAUCGACUCGUCCCUCACGAUUGCGAACCACACGCUCGGCGCCUCGGCCGGCUUGGAGGCGGGAGUCUUUGCCAACAUCGCCGAGUUCGUGGCCAACGUCACCUACGACGACAGCGGCCGUGACGGCGACUGCGAGCUGGCCCUCGUCGAGUCCUUCACCAUGGCCCUCGGGGCCGCGGCGGGCGCGUCGGCCGCCUUUGACCAGACCACCUGGGGCCCGACGCCCGAGACGGAGGUGCCUAUCUGGUACACCGAGCUGGGCUCCGCGUGUGCGGCGCACCGGAGCUCGUCCGCGACGUCAUCAUCAUCAUCCGCGCUCAUCACCGCGAGAGACGCGACGAGCGGCGCCGUGUCCCUCACGCUGGCGACCGUCACCACCGAGACGACGUCCUCCGGCGUCGCCUGCAUCUCGCCAGGGCUGAUCAACUGCCCCGUGUCGCUGCAGACCACAAAGACAUUCACUGCGACCCUGACGUCGACCACCUCGGUGCCAUUCGGUUCCGCGGCGACGUGGCCUGCUACGACCAGCCCGACGCCCGUGCGGACCGUGGCGUUCGGGUCCAAGGCCAAAGCCUUGUCCGCGACGACGGGGAGUCCGGUCUCCUACGUGCCGCCUCCGCCUCCGUCGUCGACAACAUCGUCAGCCACAUCCAGCGGGACCGCUCAGGAAAGCCACGGAAGUCACGAGGAGAACCAUAAGGCGCUCAUCAUCGGUCUCUCCGUUGGACUGGGCGUGCCGGCGCUGGCCGUCAUUGUCGGGCUGACGCUCUGCUUGCUCCGGGGCUGGAAGAGAUACACGCCCAUGCGAAAGGAUGAGGGCGAGAGUCACGGGCUCGGCGUCGUCACGGAGGAGGGAGAGGAGGAGAUACAGCCGGCUUCGCGGCAUGAACGGCAGGGGAUGCUCAAGGGGAUGACGACUGUCGAGGUGGACGAGGCUGAUUGA